AUGGCUCCGCCGAGGAUCCUCCUCUCCGGCGAUGUCCUUGGCCGCUUCAACCAAUUGUGCAAGCGCGUUUCUUCGGUGAACAAGUCGGCGGGUCCGUUCGACGCGGUUCUGUGCGUGGGGCAGUUCUUUCCUGACUCUCCGGAAGCUCUCGAAGAGGUCAAUGACUACAUUGAAGGUCGUUCCAAGUUCCCGAUUCCUACUUACUUCAUUGGCGACUACGGUAUCGGGGCGCCGAAGAUUUUAUCAGCUGUUUCUAAGGAGGCUGGCAACCUAGGGUUCAAGAUGGACGGCCUCAAGGUUUGUGGAAAUCUCUUCUGGUUGAAAGGCAGUGGAAAGUUCACUCUCCAUGGACUAUCUAUUGUAUACCUCUCUGGUAGGCAAUCAGCAAACAAUGCACAGUUCGGUACUUACAGUCAAGAUGAUGUUGAUGCUUUAAGGGCAUUGGCUGAGGAGCCCGGAAUCGUGGACAUAUUCCUGACAUAUCCUUUCAACUACUCAGCUGGCGCUGAUUCUACUAUAUCAGAGUUAGUUGCAGAGAUCAAGCCCCGCUACCAUAUUGCUGGAACUAUGGGUGUAUUCUACGAUCGUGAACCAUAUACAAAUUUAGAUGUGGUGCAUGUAACCCGUUUUAUGGGUUUAGCUCCAGUUGGAAACAAAGAGAAACAGAAAUUUAUUCAUGCAAUUUCUCCCACUCCAGCAUCUUUAAUGUCGAGCAGUGAAAUUUCUGCAAGGCCUCCAAAGACAACUAUAUCUCCAUAUACAUUGAUGGAGAAAGUGACCCAUACUGAAGCUAAUGCAAAGAGAGCUGGUGAGAGUGUGGACGAUCCCCAAUAUUGGCGGUAUGACGUAUCCCAGAAAAGGCAGAGGCAUGGAGAAGGUGAUGGUGAAAAAUUGUGCUUUAAAUAUACGUCUUCUGGGUCCUGUCCUCGUGGGGAUAACUGUCGCUUCCGGCAUGAUGAUGAUGCUAGGCAGCAGUCAAAAACGGGUGUCUGUUUUGAAUUUCUUAACAAAGGAAGAUGUGAAAGAGGUUCAGAGUGCACUUAUAAGCAUAGUUUAGUGGAAGUGAAGAACAGUGGGACUAGCAGGUCCAAGGAGUGCUGGUUCUGUUUAUCAAGCCCAAACGUGGAGUCACAUCUUAUCACUAGCAUUGGGGAACUAUACUAUUGUGCACUUGCCAAAGGACCGUUGGUAGAAGAUCAUGUGCUAAUCAUACCUGUUGAGCAUGUGGCUAACACGCUUUCCACUGCUGAUGAAUAUGAAACAGAGUUGCAUAGACUACAGAACAGUCUCAAAGCUUACUUUAAAACCCAAGGGAAGGAAGUAGUCUUCUUUGAGUGGGUCUUCAAGAGAGGAACGCAUGCCAACCUUCAGGUUGUUCCUGUUCCAUCUACCAGGGCGUCUAGCAUCCGAGAUAUAUUCCAUUUAGCUGCUAAAAAGUUGGGUUUCAAGUUUAAUACAAUUGAAGGUGGGAGAAGGUUGUUACGGGCUCUGUUCGAUAGAAGUUCCAGUUUAUUUUAUGUUGAGCUUCCUGAUGGUGUGAUUUUAACUCAUGUUGUUGAAGAGAACGAAAAAUUCCCCAGCCAGUUUGGUCGUGAGGUCAUGGCAGGCUUGCUCAACAUGGCAGAUAGAGCUGAUUGGAAGAAUUGUAAGCUAAGCAAAGAAGAAGAAACCACAAUGGCAGAAAGUUUCAAGAAGAAAUUUGAACCAUAUGAUCCAUAUCUUUGA